UCGUGUAAGAGUAUUUGCGUGCCGUGAUAUCCUUUGAAUGACCAUCCUUUUCGAAUUUAUGGAAUAUAGUCCAUAAAAUUAUUUACCUGAAUAAUUGUUAUCGCGGAACUGAUUUUUGAUCUUUCGCGUUGCGAAAAAUAGUUACGUCAAAUAUCAAUUGCAAAAGUAUCAGUAAGAACUAGAGUCUCGAAUACUCAGUCGUGUCGCAUUAAAUUUGUGUACACGAAUGAACGAUGGCAGAAAUUGUUAAGAGCGAUGAGAGCAGAGAUUCUCGCUUCAAAGACAUAGUGCGGGAGCAAUUGGGCGAAAAUGGUCUAACUUUGAUGGUCAAUCUCUCGUUUCUGUUUGUUACGUGCCUCGUCUUUAUUGUGCUGAUCAUGAUCGCAUUUCUCGUAUCACAACCAAAAGAAUUGGGAUUAAUGCUCGAAUUGAAAGCGCCCGCACUUUUAGCCUCGAUUUAUUAAAAUAUUUUUUUU